GUUCCCGCCAAAUAAAACACGGGUAGUUUGCUUGAACAAUUAAUUAUUAUUUGAUUUGGUUUUACUAAGCUUGAAUAAAGUAAUAACAUUUCAAUUUUUUAAGAAUCUACAAAUAAUUAUAAUAUUUCCAAUAUGUCUGAAAGAGAGAGUUCACCGAUUCCUGAAACGCCAGAAGUAAAUCGACGAAGAUCUGCUAUGACAUCACCAGUGGGAGAGUUUGAGCCGUUUGAGGAUGAAGAGGAAAUAUUAGGUGAUCACACUAUACAUAAUGAAGAAGAGGAGGAUGGCGAAGAACUUUUUGGCGAUAAUAUGGAGAAUGAUUACCGUCCGAUGCCAGAAUUAGAUAGAUACGAUCCUAAUCUCUUAGAUGAAGAAGAUUACAGUGACAUGGAUAUUGAUGAAAGGCAAGCAGCAGAAGCCGAAAUGCGCCGUCGUGAUCGUGCAAUGGGUAUUCAUCGAGAUGAUCGCGAGCUUGGCUUUGAUCAAAGUGACGAUGAAGAUGAAAUUCCUCGAGCAAAACGUAGAGCUGCUGAAAAAGCAGCUACUGGAGAAGUAGAAGAAGAAGAAAUGAUUGAAUCUAUUGAAAAUCUUGAAGAUACAAAAGGUCAUUCUACCAAGGAAUGGGUUUCAAUGCUUGGUCCACGUACUGAAAUCAGUAAUAGAUUUAAGAGUUUUCUGCGAACAUUUGUUGACGAAAAAGGACAGUAUACUUACCGAGAUAGAAUUCGUCGAAUGUGUGAACAAAAUAAAUCGUCCUUCGUUGUUUCUUAUCCAGAUUUAACAUACAAAGAACACGUAUUAGCAUAUUUUUUGCCAGAAGCACCGUUUCAGAUGCUCGAAAUUUUCGAUAAAGUUGCUAAAGAAUUAGUUUUAAGUAUUUUUCCUACUUAUGAAAGGGUAACAAGUGAAAUUCAUGUUAGAAUUUCUGAACUUCCUUUAAUAGAAGAGUUGAGGACAUUCCGUAAAUUACAUUUAAAUCAGUUAGUCAGAACAUUAGGUGUGGUCACAGCGACAACGGGCGUUUUACCACAACUUUCUGUUAUUAAAUAUGAUUGCGUAAAAUGUGGUUACGUUUUGGGACCUUUUGUGCAGUCUCAAAAUGCAGAGGUUAGACCGGGUUCAUGCCCGGAAUGUCAAAGUGCUGGUCCUUUUUCAAUUAAUAUGGAACAAACAUUAUAUCGUAAUUAUCAAAAGAUAACUCUUCAAGAAUCUCCAGGUCGCAUUCCUGCUGGACGUAUUCCCCGAAGUAAAGACGUUAUAUUGCUAUCUGAUUUAUGUGACCUUUGUAAGCCUGGUGAUGAAAUUGAAGUUACUGGCACCUAUACAAAUAAUUAUGAUGGAUCUUUGAAUACUGAUCAAGGAUUUCCAGUUUUCGCUACUGUAAUUAUAGCGAAUCACGUUGUAGUUAAAGAUAGCAAACAGGUUGUUGACUCAUUGACGGAUGAAGAUGUCGCCACAAUAAUGAAACUUAGCAAGGAUCCAAAAAUAUUCGAUCGUAUAUGUGCAAGUAUGGCACCUUCAAUUUACGGUCAUGAUUUUACAAAACGUGCUUUGGCAUUAUCAUUAUUUGGGGGUGAAUCUAAAAAUCCUGGCGAGAAGCAUAAGGUUCGAGGUGAUAUAAAUUUGUUAAUGUGCGGAGAUCCCGGUACUGCAAAGUCCCAAUUUCUAAAGUAUAUAGAAAAAAUUGCGCCAAGAGCGGUUUUUACCACGGGGCAGGGAGCAAGUGCAGUUGGUUUAACGGCUUAUGUUCGUAAAAAUCCUAUAUCAAGAGAAUACACGUUAGAAGCUGGUGCUUUGGUUCUAGCAGAUCAGGGUGUUUGUUUGAUUGACGAGUUUGAUAAAAUGAAUGAUCAGGAUCGUACUUCUAUUCAUGAAGCUAUGGAACAGCAAUCUAUUUCAAUUUCAAAAGCCGGAAUAAUAACGUCUUUGCAAGCAAGAUGUACAGUAAUUGCGGCAGCCAAUCCAAUAGGUGGGCGAUAUGAUCCUAGCAUGACUUUUUCCGAAAAUGUAAAUCUAUCUGAACCGAUUCUGUCACGUUUCGAUAUUUUAUGUGUCAUAAAAGAUGAAUUUGAUCCGAUGCAAGAUCAACAAUUAGCUAUGUUCGUAGUUAAAUCUCACAUCAAACAUCAUCCUUCUAAUGCAGAUGUUAUAGAAGAUUCUCAGGACAUACCAAAACAAGUAGAAGAUAUUCCACAGGAUUUGCUUAGAAAAUAUAUUGUUUACUCAAAGGAGAAUAUAAGACCAAAACUAACAAACAUUGAUGAAGAUAAAAUUGCAAAAAUGUAUGCAACAUUAAGACAAGAAUCAGCUGCGACUGGAUCGUUACCAAUAACAGUUCGUCAUAUUGAAUCUGUUAUUAGAAUGGCGGAAGCUUGUGCUAGAAUACAUUUACGAGAAAAUGUUCAAGAGUCUGAUGUUGGAAUGGCAAUAAGAAUGAUGUUGGAAAGCUUUAUAGAAGCACAAAAAUUCAGUGUUAUGAAAAAAAUGAGAACAACAUUCCAAAAAUAUUUAUCUUUUCAAAAAGAUCACUCCGAAUUACUGUUUUUCAUAUUACGUCAACUUACUUUGGAUCAAUUAGCUUAUGUUAGGUGUAAAGAAGGUCCAACAGCAACUCAUGUUGAAGUUAUGGAACGAGAUUUAAUUGAAAGAGCAAAACAACUAGAUAUAUUAAAUUUGAAGCCUUUCUACGAAACUGAACUAUUUAAGAAAAACGGAUUUUCGUAUGAUUCAAAACGUAAAGUUAUACUACAAAUUGUACCAGAAGCUGCUGUUUAACACUAAAAAAUAUACAUAUGUAUAUUAAAUUACUUUCAUUGUAAUUUCUCCUUCAGUUUUAUUUUGAUUUUUAUUUAAUUUAAAAUAGUAUUAAGUUUGUUUUAAGAGAUGGAUAGUUUUUAUUUUUAUUUUGCACUUUUUGAGAAAAUCAUAGAAAAUGUUUUAGAUAACUUUCUAUAAUGAGAUGUAAACAAUCAUAAUUUAGAACAAAAUUUAUUAAAAAAACA